AUGACAAGCUCCAGGCUUUUCCGCUUCCCAAAGCCCGAGUGGGUCAACAGCCCCAACACGCGGACGGCAGGUGUCUACCUGGCCGGCGCUUUGUUUUCCCUCGGAUUCUUCUUCUUUAUCGAUGCUUCUACUUACUCCCACUCCUCCAAAAAUGGUUCCAAUGUCCAUAUAAAAUUUGUCGAUUGGAUACCGGGCAUCUGCUCAGCGCUCGGGAUGCUCGUUAUCAAUUCGAUAGAGAAGACCCGCUUGAGCGCAGAUAGCUAUAGCUACUCUGGCACAGGAGUGGCAUGGAAGGCAAGAUUGGUCCUAUUCUUGGGCUUUGCCUUGAUGGCUGGUGGGUUGGCCGGCUCCGUGGCUGUAUUGGUUCUGAAGUAUAUCGUCCCCGAUUACCCUUUCCCAACGCUGUACUUUGGUGUUGCCAAUGUCGUUGCAAACGGGUUGAUCAUGCUGAGCUCUGUGGUGCUUUGGGUUUCGCAAAACAUGGAGGACGACUAUACAUACAAUUUGGCCCUCUGA